AUGAGAGCAGUAUUACUUCUGCCUCUAUUUGGCGUUUUGUCUUGUGCAAAAAAUAUCAACGUGCGAGAUGAGAGGGAGUUAGAAUGGUGGGAGUCUACUAUUGUAUAUCAGAUUUACCCUAGGUCCUUUGCUGACAGCGAUGGUGAUGGAAUUGGAGACAUAAAAGGUAUUACAUCAAAGUUAGAACACGUUAAGGAGAUUGGCGCUGGCGCAGUAUGGCUUUCACCAAUAUUUCAGUCCCCCAUGUAUGAUUUCGGGUAUGAUAUUGCGGAUUUUUAUGCAAUUCACGAUGAGUUCGGGACCAUGGAAGACUUUGAGGAGCUCGUCGCUAAAGCAGGAGAGCUCGAUAUAAAAAUCCUGUUAGAUCUAGUACCUAAUCAUACAUCUAAUGAAAGCAUGUGGUUCCAAGAAGCACUGAAAGGCAAUGAAAAGUAUCUCAACUACUUUGUAUGGGAAGAUGGAGUUCUUGAUGAGAAUGGUGUCAUGCAACCUCCGAACAAUUGGCUAAGUCACUUCCGGGGAAGUGCAUGGGAAUUCAGAGAAGAGGUCGGGAAAUAUUACUUGCAUCAGUUCGUCGUGGGCCAACCAGACUUGAACUACCACAAUCCAGACGUUGUUGAAGAAAUGAAGAACAUAAUCCGGUUUUGGCUUAAUAAAGGCGUAGCAGGAUUUAGGGUAGACGCUGUAAACUGUUUAUUUGAAGUUGAUAAAGAACUUUUUGGAGGUAAAUAUCCUGACGAGCCACCAUCAGGGCGAACAGAUGUUGACUCUGGAUCCCAUGAUUCGUUACAACACAUAUACACAAAGGAUCAAAAUGAAACAUACUAUAUGGUUUACGAGUGGCGAGAUGUUUUUGAUGAAAUAUCUAAACAAGAUGGACUUCCAAGGCUUAUGAUGACAGAAGUAUAUGCAUCUAUCAAAGACGUCAUGAGGUACUUCGGUGAAGGGGAGAGGGAAGGUGCCCAAAUGCCCUUCAAUUUUGACUUAAUCACGGAUGUUGACGCUUCAUCAUCGGCCGCUGAUAUCAAGAGAGCGAUUGAAAAAUUUUUGACUUACAAGCCCGUCGAUAAAAACGGCAAUUGGGUUGUUGGCAAUCAUGACAAAAGCAGAAUGGCUACAAGAUAUGGAACAGCCUUGGUAGAUGGAAUAAACAUGUUAGUCUUGCUCCUACCUGGUGUUGCUGUUACAUAUAUGGGAGAAGAAAUCGGUUUAGUCGACGGGUACGUCAGCUGGGAGGAUACAGUAGAUCCGUCUGGGUGCAAUACAAAUGACCCUGUCAAUUACGUGAAAUAUUCUCGGGACCCAGAACGCACCCCAUUUCAAUGGAAUUCUGAUAAAAAUGCAGGAUUCUCUACGGCUGACAAAACUUGGUUACCAGUAGCUGAAGGCUAUACAAAAUUAAACGUUGAAGCACAGAAGACAUCAGCGCGAUCCAAUUUGAAAGUUUACCAAGCUCUGGCGAAUCUAAGACAAGAAAAAGUAUUUAGAUACGGACGAUAUGAGUCUAUAGCUCUUAAUACCGAUGUCUUUGCAUUUAAAAGGUGGUAUAACGGAGAGACUUACUUGGUCGUUGUGAACAUGAGAGACUCUGAACAAGAGGUCGACUUAACCUACUUUGAGAAUGUUAUUGGUAAAGCCGCUGUCGUUUUGAGAAGCGUUCAAUCUCCUAAAAACGAGGGAGACGUUUUUGACGUGGCUUCUCUACCGGUAGCAGCUUUUGAAGGAAUUGUAUUGAAGCUUUAG